AUGUCUGGCCCUUACGAUCAGGGCUACGGCCAGAACAACCAGCAGUAUGGUCAGCAAGGCUACGGCCAGCAAGGAUAUGGACAACAAGGAUAUGGACAACAAGGCUAUGGACAGCAACCACAGUACGGCCAGCAACCUUAUGAUCAAGGCCAAUACAACCAAAGUGGUGGAUACGGCCAGCAGCAACAGUACGGCCAACAAGGCUAUCAGCAACAAGGUUAUGGCGCUCCGCCCGCACCAGACUAUACACAAGGCCAGCAGCAACACGCAGCGUACCCACCUCAGAAUGGCGGCUUCCAACAUGGCCAGCAGCAGCCACAGUAUGGACAGACUCAGCCCCACGACUAUAGCCAGCCACCUCAGCACGGAUACCCUCAACAAUACGGACAAGGUUCAGCGGAUCCUUCCAACCCCUAUGGAUACACAAAGGACCCGAGUGAUCCCAACAACCCCCAAGAGGGUGAGCGUGGAUUUAUGGGCGCAGUGGCCGGCGGUAUUGGCGGUGGUCUACUGGGCAAGCAAGCAGGUCACGGUAUCAUUGGGGCGCUCGCUGGAGCCUUUUUGGGAUCGAAAGGAGAGGAUAAGUGGAAGGACAACAAGCACAAAAAGCAUGGCCACAAUGGUCGCUACUAG